AUGUCCUCCUCCUACGCGAAGAACGCGACCACGGACGGGCAGCACUCCCCCACCUCUCAGGUGGCCCGAGGCACCACGACCCGGAGGAGCAGGUUGAAAAGAUCCGAUGGCAGCACCACUUCGACCAGCUUCAUCCUCAGACAGGGUUCAGCGGAUUCCUACACAAGCAGGCCCUCUGACUCUGAUGUCUCUUUGGAGGAGGACCGGGAAGCCAUUCGGCAGGAAAGAGAGCAGCAAGCAGCCAUCCAGCUUGAGAGAGCAAAGUCCAAACCUGUAGCAUUUGCUGUGAAGACGAACGUGAGCUACUGUGGUGCCCUGGACGAGGAUGUGCCUGUCCCAAGCACAGCCAUUUCCUUUGAUGCCAAGGACUUUCUACACAUUAAAGAGAAAUAUAACAAUGAUUGGUGGAUAGGAAGGCUGGUGAAAGAGGGCUGUGAGAUUGGUUUCAUCCCAAGUCCGCUUAGAUUGGAGAACAUUCGGAUUCAGCAAGAACAAAAAAGAGGACGUUUUCACGGAGGGAAAUCAAGUGGAAAUUCUUCUUCAAGUCUUGGAGAAAUGGUAUCAGGGACGUUUAGAGCAACACCCACAUCAACAGCAAAACAGAAGCAAAAAGUGACGGAGCACAUUCCUCCUUACGAUGUUGUGCCAUCAAUGCGUCCAGUGGUGUUAGUGGGGCCGUCACUGAAGGGUUAUGAGGUAACAGACAUGAUGCAGAAAGCCCUCUUUGAUUUCCUGAAGCACAGGUUUGACGGGAGGAUAUCAAUCACCAGAGUGACCGCUGACAUUUCUCUUGCUAAGAGGUCUGUCCUAAAUAAUCCCAGCAAGAGAGCAAUAAUUGAACGUUCGAACACCCGAUCCAGCUUAGCCGAAGUACAGAGUGAAAUUGAAAGAAUCUUUGAGUUGGCAAGAUCUUUGCAACUGGUUGUUCUUGAUGCAGACACCAUCAAUCACCCAGCACAACUUAUAAAGACUUCCUUAGCACCAAUUAUUGUCCAUGUAAAAGUCUCAUCUCCAAAGGUUUUGCAGCGGUUGAUUAAAUCUAGAGGAAAGUCCCAAAGUAAACACUUAAAUGUUCAACUGGUGGCAGCUGAUAAACUUGCACAGUGUCCCCCAAGUCAGCGUAUGAGGCACAGCAACCACUCCACAGAGAACUCUCCAAUUGAAAGGCGAAGUUUAAUGACCUCUGAUGAAAAUUAUCACAAUGAAAGGGCUCGGAAGAGUAGGAACCGCUUGUCUUCCAGUUCCCAACACAGCCGAGAUCAUUACCCUCUUGUGGAAGAAGAUUACCCUGACUCAUACCAGGACACUUACAAACCCCAUAGGAACCGAGGAUCACCUGGGGGAUAUAGCCAUGACUCCCGACACAGGCUUUGA